AUGUAUAAUCGUGGCCCUGCCGCAACAACUAUAAGUGAUGCAGUAAAUCAGAUUCUAAGAUCAAAAUCAAUGGACCCAAAUAUCACCCAGAAAUUUCCUCAAAUUAUGAGUAGCACUAAAAAAUUAGGCGAUAUAUAUCAUCAGGAAAAAACCAUACCAUGUGGGAGUUGGGGUGGCUUGUUAGGCAAUUUAACGGGCGAACUUACUGACAGUUUUUAUGGUGGAAUAAAAAGGAAGAUCAUGGAUAUAUUGAAUUGUAGCGAAUCACAGGUCGACGAGCUAUUAAAUAAUUACGCCAAUGAAAGAUCUUUAUAUAGGACCUACUCAAAGCAACAUCGAUAUUAUGCACAAAAAUUAUCGAAAUAA